AUGGGAUUACCUGGAUCGGAGCCUAUAAAAAAUCCAAACAAACACCACACUCAAUGGUGUGGAUGCGGCACGUUGCGAAUGCUAACAAUGAGCACUCGAGGUCCGAAAUCGGCGCGCACAAUGCAAUCUGGCCGGCAUCUCCGCGUGGAGCCCCUUGACUCCAAUCAAGCAAUUACUGCCCCACCGUCCACACCCCGGCCCUCGAGAUAUUCAAAAUGGCCGAACCGCUCCAAAAUCAAAUCGCCCGGAGAAAUCUUG